ACUCAGGAGAAACAGUCCUCAGCUCUUCGAAAAAACUUCAUCUGAUGAGGCUCCGCUGAAGAGUCUCUGCUGCACACACUCCUGAAGACUCCACUCUUCCUCCUGUCUCUUGUCUUUACCCUCCAGCCUUCCAGCCCCCAGCAGUAUGCCUCCUCAGCUCCCCUCUCAGAACCAGAGCAGCCCGAGGGUCCUGCAGGGCGACCUGAGCGCCCUCAGCCCGGCCCUGAAGGAGUUUGUGGAUCUGAACGUGACGCUGUGCCAGCCCGACGCCCUACACAUCUGUGACGGCUCCGAGGAGGAGAACCAGGCCGUCCUGACACAGCUGGAGGAGCAGGGCCUGAUCAAGAAGCUCCGCAAAUAUGAGAACUGCUUUUUGGCCAGGACCGACCCAAGGGACGUGGCUCGUGUGGAGAGUAAGACGGUGAUUGUGACCCGGGAGCAGAGGGACACAGUGCCCACCCCUCUGGACGGAGGGGUCAGCCAGCUGGGACGCUGGAUGUCCCCUGAAGAGUUCGACAAGGCCGUGGACCAAAGGUUCCCCGGCUGCAUGAAAGGUCGUACCAUGUAUGUGAUCCCGUUCAGCAUGGGCCCAGUGGGGUCCCCCCUCUCUAAGAUCGGGGUGGAGCUGACCGACUCCCCCUACGUGGUCGCCAGUAUGAGAGUGAUGACCCGCAUGGGGAAGUCUGUGCUGUCCGCUCUGGGGACAGGAGAGUUCGUCCGCUGUCUGCACUCCGUCGGCUGUCCUCUGCCGCUGAAGAAGCCCUUGGUGAACAGCUGGCCCUGUAACCCGGAGCAGACGCUGAUCGCUCACGUCCCGGACCGCAGGCAGAUCGUCUCGUUCGGCAGCGGAUACGGAGGAAACUCCCUUCUGGGGAAGAAAUGCUUCGCUCUGCGCAUCGCAUCAUGCAUCGCCAAGGAAGAAGGCUGGCUGGCCGAGCACAUGCUGAUCCUGGGUGUCACCAACCCUGCAGGGCAGAAAAAGUACAUGGCAGCAGCCUUCCCCAGCGCCUGUGGGAAGACCAACCUGGCCAUGCUCUGCCCCACGCUGCCCGGCUGGAAGGUGGAGUGUGUGGGAGACGACAUCGCCUGGAUGAAGUUUGACGACCAAGGAAACCUACGUGCCAUCAACCCUGAGAAUGGCUUUUUCGGAGUUGCCCCCGGCACCUCAGUCAAAACCAACCCCAAUGCCAUGGAGACCAUCAUUAAGAACACAGUGUUCACCAAUGUUGCGGAAACCAGUGAUGGCGGCGUGUACUGGGAGGGAAUGGACCAGGCACUUCCUGAAGGAGUCACCAUCAUUUCCUGGAAGAACAAGCCCUGGAGCUCAGAGGACGGCGAACCUUGCGCUCAUCCCAACUCUCGUUUCUGCACUCCGGCCGGGCAGUGUCCCAUUAUCGACCCAAUGUGGGAAUCCCCGGAGGGAGUCCCCAUUGAGGCCAUCAUUUUCGGAGGACGAAGGCCAGAAGGUGUCCCUCUGGUAUACGAGGCUUUCAGCUGGCAGCACGGUGUGUUUGUUGGAGCAGCCAUGAGGUCAGAGGCCACCGCUGCAGCCGAAUACAAAGGUCAGAUGAAGGAUUGGGAAGAACCCUGGAAGCAGGAAAAGACUAACGAGGCUGAUGUAGAGCAGGUGUGCAUGGUAAAGGCUCAGGAAGGCAACAGGAGAAUCAGCAAAAAAGGCUACAAACCAGACUGA